AUGGAAAUUAUUAGAGAAAACAGAGACCGUCUUGUACCUAUAAUAAAAACAAUCAUAUUUCAUGGAAGGCAAAAUAUACCUCUGCGGGGACAUAGAGAUGACGGUAGUCUAUUAAAAAACGAAAAUGAUCGUGAAAGUAUAGUGUGUAAGGAGGGAAACUUUAGAGCUCUUCUAAGGUUUAGAAUUGACGCUGGAGACUUGCAACUCAAACAUCACAUUGAGACCACUAAAGCAAACGCCACUUACAUAAGUAAAACAACGUGUAACGAACUUAUUCCUUGCUGUGAAACAGUGAUGUCAUCGAGAAUACUGGAGGAAAUCAAAGAUUCUCGAUACUAUAGUAUCAUCUUCGAUGAGACUACGGACAUAGCGCACAUAGCCCAACUGAGUUUAGCUGCAAGAUAUGUUGAUGGUUACGGCAAAUUACACGAAAGAUUUUUGGGUUUUGUUGACAUCCAUAAAGACAAUGAUUGUAGUGGAAACAUUGACGAUGAACCUCAAGAGAGUCAAGAGCGUAGCAUUACUGGUGAAGUAUUGGGUACUACUAUUCUAAGGAGAAUGGAAAGCCUUUCUCUGUCACUGGAGAACUGUGUGGGUAUAGGCUGUGAUGGUUGCUCAGUUGAUAUGUCAGAAUUGAAAGGAGCUGUGGCGCAAGUAGCACCGUGUAGAAGUCAUCAGCUCAACCUCGCUAUCUCUCGCAGUUGCAAAGUUACAAGCGUGAGAAACUCACUUGGUACUAUCGAAGAAGUAGUAUCGUUUUUUACAGCCUCUAGCAAACGGUUCGCAACAUUGAAGAGUCACCUAAAACACUCGCUGCAGUCACAUUGUCAAACGAGAUGGAUUGAGCGACAUGACGCUGUUAUUCAAUUCGCAGCUGAUCUCGGAGCAGUUUGCAAAGUUCUUAAAGAAAUACAGUGUUGGAGGGAUAGAACAACGGCUGCCAAAGCCAAUAUUCUCCUUCGAGCUCUCUCUAAUUGCGAGUUUAUUGUCACGCUGUUUACACUGAGUGACAUUAUGAGCAUAACAUAUCCAGUCAGCAAAAUCUUACAAGAUCCUAGCUUGGACGUCGCAAUGGCAAAAGCUAAAUUAGAUUCGACGCUCAAAGUGUACGAUGGCAUGAGAGCUAAUAGUGAUAGCCACUUUGCUCGUAUUGUUGAAGAGGCGAAGGCAGUUGUGGAAGAGUUAGACGUGGAGAUGAGUGUUCCUCGUCUUACAGGUAGACAAAGACACAGGGAAAACUGUGAUCAUAAUGAUGAUGCUAUGACAUAUUGGAAAAGAACUGUUUUUAUUCCAACACUGGACCAUGUUACGACUGACAUGAGAGAACGUUUUGCUGAAGAAAAUAUUUAUCAUUUAAAAUUCAACAUACUUUUGCCCUCACAACUAUUACAACAUGACGGUAAUGUUCUGACACUUAAAUUGAAUCAGUGCUUAACUGAACUACCGUUCUUUGAAGCAGAAUCACCAUAUGUGAUCAAAAAAAGACUAAUGGGAGAGAUUAUUCAAUACAAGCAAACGAGCAUUAACGCCCUUAAUGAUCGCGAUUCUGUUAUGCUAGCGUUGUCUGUUUGCCCUAAAUCUGACUAUCCUACUUUGCACACGCUGUACAAGAUAUUUGCUUGUCUACCUAUAUCUAUUUCUACAGUAGAAAGAAGUUUUUCAACAUUGCGGCGUACAAAGACAUGGCUGAGGUCGACAAUGAAGGAGGAUCGACUUAAUGGCUUAGCUCUGUUGAACACUCACCCUGACAUUGAUUGUCCAAUUGACGAUGUAAUUAACCAAUUUGCCAGGAAGAAUAGGCGCAAAGAAUUCAUCAUUUAAGGAAGAGAACCACAAUUAUAACUUUUUUAUAUCAUAAGACGGCAUUGUCUUGUAUAUGUGUAUAAUCAGUUUAAAUAAAACUUUCUUCAACUUUUCAUGUGACUUAAUAUUUUUUUAUUACGAUAAAAGUAAAGGUAGCUCAAGAGAUCUUCAGACCCCAGUAUUGGAUGGCCGAUCUCGUUGGCCAACCAUGGUAGGCGAUCGUGGAUGGACCAGUUUGUGUGCAUUUGCAACGACAAUCACACAGGCAAACUGGCCCUGUACACGAUGACCCAUCAUGAUCGAUCAAUCAUGUACUGGAGCCUUUUAGCG